UUUUUACGUUUCUUUCUGCCUCACAGGUGGCCAGUUGGUUUCUCAAAGGGAACCCGUUUGGUGAUGCGUGCCCCGCUUGCCGUGGGGAAAGAUGCAGCCGCCUGCCCCUUUCCCCAGUGGGUCUUCAUUUUCCUUUGCAGGAAAGGAAAGGCCCGUUUCAGAUAGAACGCUGCCUCCCCUGCAAGGGGCAGGGUCAGAUCCCAGCUCAGCCUCUUUCUUGCUGUGGGGCUUCUGUUUCUUUCUCUGUGCCGUGCUGAUGGGGCUGCUGCCUUCUGAAGAGGCCAGGGGAGAGUGGGUGCCUCAUCCUUUCCCUGCCUUUCAGCUUCCCCUGCUCCAGAUUUUGACAAGUUUCUUUCCGGCGGGAAGAGGCUGCAGCAGUCCAGGUGUGCGUGGUCCAAGCAGAGGUGCUCUGGCAAGGGUGGGCUGGGCCAGGUUUGCUUGGACUCAUUUUUAAGCUCCAGAGCUGCUAAGGUGCUGGGUGGAAGCUGCCUGCAGGUGGGGUGUGGGGGUCCCUGUGAGGCCCAGCACCUCUGGUCUUGGGCCAGUGGGCGCUUGAGCCUUUCAGCGGAGUCUGAGUCUUGUGAGGGAGCUGGGCAGGGGGAUCCUGUUGCUUCCGGCCCUGCAGGCCCAGCCCCACUGCCCACCCACCCGGCGUGGGCUUCAGGACUCCCACCUCCAAACUCGGGUGUGGCAUUGCCCAGCUGUGGCAGCGCACACUCCGGCAGGCUCUCUAGAACUCUCAAUGGUAGGGAUGAUUGUCCCCGUUUUACAGAUGAGGAAACUGAGGCCCAGAGAUGGGGAGCCACUCUCCCGGGUGCGCAUGGCCGGGCUCGGUUAUGAUCCGUACAACCCCGAGCUGCCCAAGCCCCCCGUGCAGAGGGAGAAUGGAGUGCUGGGCCGGGGGGACGAGCCCCGCUCGGACAUCCUGGAACUGGAGCUGGUCAACCAGGCCAUCGAGGCUGUGCGCUCGGAGGUAGAGCUCGAGCAGCGGAGGUACCAAGAGCUCCUAGAGACGGCCCGCGAACACAGCUCCACCGAGGCCCCCGCCGUGGCGCCCCGUGGCCCUGCCACAUGCCCCACCGCCGGCCUGGACGAGGAUGCCUUCCCACUGUCCUUUGAUUACAACCCUGGUGGCCGCCGCAGCCUGUUGGGCCCUGACGCCAGCUACCAGCCCAGUCCUCUGGCCGCUGCCACCGAGCCAGGUAGCAAGUACUCCCUGGCCUCUCUGGAUCGGGCGCAGGGCCGAGGUGGGGGGGGCGGUGGCACCCUGGAGUACGUCCCCAAGGCUGUGAGCCAGCCCCAGCGACACGGCCGCCCCGUCCCCAGCAGCAAGUACGUGCUGGACGACUCCAAGCCAUCCACGGACCUGGAGUAUGACCCACUGUCCAACUUCUCCGCCCGGCUGCUCAGUAGGGCCAGCUCCAAGGACGACAGGGCCCCCAAAAGGCCCAGGGGCUCCCGGGGCAGCGAGCCCUACACACCUGCCCUCAAGAAGCCCUGCGACCCCUUUGCCGGCUGCGAUGCCAGGUUUUCAGACUCCGAUGACGAUGCCGCCGCAACUCCGGCCGUUGUGCCUGUCACCACCAGCCCCCCGAGAGCUCAGGCGGGCCCUGAGAGCAAGGCCCCUGGGCAGUCAGGCUCCAGGGAGGGCCAGGACGCCGAGGAGGGCGGCCCGCGGGAGACCAAGGAGAUGGCGGUGCAGUAUGACGUGGAGGACCUUGGGCAGCCCCCCAAGGACCCUGGGGGGACGCCCGUGGCCAAGCCCAGCUCUCCGGCCAGGGCCUCCCAGGAGCCCAGUGGCUCCAAGCAGGGAAGACCCAAGAAGAAGAGUGGGGCAGCGGCCGCCCCCAGCCGCAAGGACGGCGUCCGGAAGAAGGACAAGGGCGGAGGCGGAGAGCGCGGGCGGCCGGCCGGGAAGCCCUGUGCAGACCGGAAGGGCCCGCAGGCUGGCGGCCCCCGGCAUAGGACCGAGCCGCCCGAAGGGACCAAGAAAAAGCCAUCUUCGGCCACCCUGGUGGCCAGCUCAGGGAAAAGCCGGCCUGACCGUGGGGGUGUCCCCCAGCUGCCGAACAGGACCGGCGGGAAGACCGUGUCGGGCAAGCUGGCGGAGCGGAAGGCCCGCUCCCUGGACGAGGGGCCCCCCCGGGACGCCCCGAAGCUGCAGAAGCGGGCCCUGAGCCACGCAGACCUCUUCGGGGAUGAGAGCGAGGAUGAGGGCCCGGGACCCGCGGCGCCCCCCGCCGCCCCGCCCCGCCUCAGCUCCACCUCCGACUCGGACUCGGACUCCGACUCCGUCGGCAGCCGGGGUGGCUCGGCCGCUGGGGGCCCGCGCAAGCGCCUCAAGGCCCCCCCGCCCACCAGGCCUGCCCCUGCCUCUCCCUCCUCGUGCUCCUCGUCCUCGUCCUCCUCGGGGCCGGGCGGGGGUGUGGACUACUCCGCCCUGGAGAAGGAGGUCGACUUUGACUCGGACCCCAUGGAGGAGUGUCUGCGCAUCUUCAACGAGUCCACCAGCGUCAAGACGGAGGACAGGGGCCGGCUGGCCCGGCAGACCCCCAAGGAAGAGAAGCCGGAAGACAAGGAGCAUUCGGGGCUGACCACUCUGUUCCCCGGGCAGAAGAGGAGGAUUUCUCAUCUCUCCAAGCCAGGCAAGGAGGCGGAGCCCGUGAGGAGAGGCCCAGCUCCCCCCGCCCGGCCUCCCACCGCCCAGGAGGUGUGCUAUCGGCGGGCCCUGCAGGCCCAGAGGGACUCCGCCAGCUGGCUGCAGGCCCCCCAGCAGCCGGCGGAGAAGUCCUCCUCCGUCCGCAUCUCAGCCCCUGGCGAGAGGAGGAGGAUCGCGCACGUCCCCAACCCGCGCCUGGCUGCCGCCCCCACAGGUGCCAAGAGGGCCCUCGCCGCCAGCAGCAGCCAGCCUCCCGAUGGCCCCGAGCCGGGCAGCCAGCCCCUGAAGGCGCGCACGUUGUCAGGCAUGGCGUCCAAGACCACCACCACCAUCACCCCCAAGCGCGUCGCCCACAGCCCGUCUUUACAGAGUUUAAAGAAGCCCAUUAUCCCGAAAGAGUUUGGGGGCAAAGUCCCCACGGUCAUCCGCCAACGGUAUCUCAACCUGUUCAUUGAGGAGUGCCUCAAGUUCUGCUCCUCGAACCAGGAAGCCAUAGAGAAGGCGCUGAACGAGGAGAAGGUGGCCUACGACCGCAGCCCCAGCAAGAACAUCUACCUGAAUGUGGCCGUGAACACACUGAAGAAGCUGCGGGGCCUGGUCCCCAGCUCCGCGCCCGGGCUCACCAAAACCAGUGGCCGGAGGCUUGUGUCCCAUGAGAUGGUGCUGGGGGGCAAAUUGGCCACCAAGACCAGCUUCUCGCUCAGCCGCCCGAGCAGCCCCCGAGUGGAGGACCUGAAAGGGGCCGCCCUGUAUGGCCGUCUCAAGGAGUAUCUGCUCACCGAGGACCAGCUCAAAGAGAACGGCUACCCCUUCCCUCACCCCGAGCGGCCGGGGGGGGCCGUCCUCUUCACAGCCGAGGAGAAGAAGCCCAAGGACUCGUCCUGCCGGAUCUGCUGCCGGUGUGGCACCGAGUACCUUGUGUCUGCGUCCGGCCGCUGCGUGCGCGAGGAGGAGUGCUACUACCACUGGGGGCGGCUCCGCCGGAACCGGGUGGCCGGCGGCUGGGAGACCCAGUACACGUGCUGCUCAGCCGCCAUCGGCUCCACUGGCUGUCAGGUCGCCAAGCAACACGUGCAGGACGGCCGGAAGGAGAACCUCGAAGGCUUUGUCAAGACUUUCGAUAAAGAACUUUCGGAAGACGCUCACCCCGGGAUCUUCGCCCUCGACUGUGAAAUGUCCUACACCACGUAUGGCCUGGAGCUGACGCGCGUCACGGUAGUGGACACGGACAUGCACGUGGUGUACGACACCUUCGUCAAGCCGGACAACGAGAUCGUGGACUACAACACCAGGUUUUCAGGGGUGACGGCGGCCGACCUCGCCGACACGAGCACCUCGCUCCGGGACGUCCAGGCCGUCCUGCUGAGCAUGUUCAGUGCCGACACCGUUCUCAUCGGACACAGCCUGGAGAGCGACCUGCUGGCCCUGAAGGUCAUCCACAGCACUGUGGUGGACACGUCCGUGCUCUUCCCGCACCGCCUGGGCCUCCCGUACAAGCGCUCCCUGCGGAACCUCAUGGCCGACUACCUCAGACAGAUCAUCCAGGACAAUGUGGACGGGCACAGCUCCAGCGAGGAUGCCAGCGCCUGCAUGCACCUGGUCAUCUGGAAGAUCCGAGAAGACGCCAAGACCAAGCGGUGACCGCUGCCGCCCGCCCGCCUUCCCCGCGGCCCCGGCCCGGCCCGGCCUCUGCCCCAGCCUCUUCCAAAACAGUGCAAUAAAUCUCGAGAGCUAA